AUGCAGCUUCAAUUACAGCACGCCGUCGCCGGGCUGGCACUGCUAGUCCCUAAUGUCGUGGCCCUCCUUCGGUUCUCUUGCUCUCAGCUCGUGACCGAGCGUUUGGACCCGCUGGUCAAUCCAGGCGUCACCGGAAGCCCUCACCUCCAUCAGGUAAUUGGUGGCAAUGCCUUCAGACCUUUGAUGGACCUGAAGAGCCUCGACAUCCCCUCGGCAGCAACUUGCACUACCUGCACCUUUGCCGAUGAUUUCUCAAAUUACUGGACAGCCGUUCUAUACUUCCAAGCCCGUAACGGAACGUUCAAGCGCGUGCCGCAGAAACCGAAUGCUGGAUUUGAGUCGGCCAAGGGUGGCAUGACGGUUUACUAUACGCCCGUCAUCAGCGGCACAGGCAAAGUCACCGCUUUCAAGCCCGGAUUCCGCAUGAUCGUCGGCAACCCCAACAACCGCAACGCGAACAACGUCCCGCGACAACUCACUUUCACCUGUCUCAAAGACAUUUACACACGCACUGGGGAGACGAAGGAGUUCCCGAAGCAGCCGUGUCCCGCGGGUAUAAUGGUGAACGUGCGCUUCCCGACCUGCUGGGACGGCGUGACGCUCGACCCUCCGGACCACGCAAGCCACGUCGCGUAUCCCUCAAGCGGGACAUUCGAGAGCAACGGGCCGUGUCCCGCGACCCACCCCGUCAAGAUCCCACAGCUGUUCUACGAGGUGAUCUGGGACACGACGGCGUUCAACAACAAGGCGGAGUGGCCCGCGGACGGCUCGCAGCCCUUCGUGUGGAGCUUCGGGGACAAGUCCGGCUACGGCAACCACGGCGACUACGUCUUCGGGUGGAAGGGGGACGCCCUGCAGAAGGCCAUGGACACCAACUGCUACAUCAACUGCCCGCAGCUCAAGACGCAGUCCAUCCAGCAAGGGAACCAGUGCAGCGUCAAGGAUACCGUCGGUGAGCAGAUCGAUGGCUGGCUUACUGAACUCCCCGGUGGUAUGCCUGUAGAUAAAUAA